UCGCUGCAAUCAUUUCGAAAAUGCGUAUAUCGUCAUAUAUGUAGUACAGUGAUGAAAAAUACUUCCUCAUAGCGAACUAUCCAUAGCGUUCGUAGUUGGAGAUACAUUUGAGUCUGUGUUUCGGUCUGUUUUUCUUCAAAAGAUUUCCCCUCCAAAAUUAUAAGGUCAACUAUAAGUUGAAACGUGAAAAUGUCCGUGUAUCGCUAUUGUGGUAUCAAUGCCACGAGAUUCGGCUUCGAAAGCUGAGCAAGAACGCGAGAGAUGUUCGUAUCGCAUAAUAUGCGCGAAAGACAGGAAAUAUCUACGGGAUAUUUACGGGAAAUAUCUGAGAGUUUUCGAGAUAUUUAUAAACCGUUAAAGGUCGGACGUUAUCGCAUUCCGCGAUGUUAAGCGAAGUCGCUUUCGCGAGACGACGGAAUCGCGGAGCCACGCAAAUCCAUCUACCGAUUUCACCCCUACUCUCUUCUCUCUAUCCACCCAUCCAUCUUUCGCUCUAUUUGAAUCUUAGUGUUCAAAUGAUUCGGCAUACAUCGUCAGUCGCUGGGAGCUUUUAGCAAAGAUCAUAAUCCGCGAGGCAGCGGCAAAAUCGGCGGAACGGUCUGGCAUUCAACAGGCCUCGAACCAGUGACCUAAAUCCUCGAUGGUUCGCGAUGAACGCUUUUCUGGGAAUGGGGAGUGUCGGCAGCAACGUGACAGGGACGACGACGACAGACCCGACGACGUUCCUGCCAGAUACAACGCCGACUCUGAGUGAGCGCGAGCAGCUCAAAAUCGAAUUCUACAAAACGUACGACGUGAUGACGGGGGUACGGAUCGCCGCGACCCUCGGCGGCUUUUUCAGCUUGAUGGUGUUGCUAGUGGUGUACAAGAGCAGAUGCAAAGCGAGCAAGCAACUGGAAGAUCCGGCGCUGACUGCGGCGGCAGCUGCGGCGGUCGCGGAAGCUGAAGCCGAAGAACAGGCACUCGCCGCUGCUCUUGAAGCGAUCGCCAGAUUACCAUCCAGGCCGGGUCGUGGUCCAAGAAGGUCGUUGUGCGUCGAGAUGAACCAGUCUCAUUCACCUGUGGUGCCACCUCGCUUCGCCUCAGUCGGAGGUGGGUACGACGCUCUGCUGGCACCGCCAAUCAGGCAACCGAGACUGACUCCCCCCGACGAUCACAGAAGAUGUAGCUCGGUUACUUGUAGCAGUACUGGAAGUAGUUAUCUGGAACGAAGGGGUUCAGCCAUGGCGAUGCCGUGCCUUCCGCCUCCUCCAUCCUUUCCGCGUCACGCUUACGAUGAGCCAUGGGAUUUAUAUUACCCUAUCGAUAUCCAGGUAAUACAGCCAACUCCGGAUUUAUCGCCGUGCGGCAGCGAGGCCGGUCUUUACGGCGCUGCGGUCGGCAACCUUAUGGCGGCAUCGUCGUCGGGUAGAAGAGCGCCGUUGGCGUCGAUGGGCAGCGUAGAUCCUCCCGAUCCGGAUUCUAGAUCUCUCGGCUCUGACUCCGUGUUCCUGAAAAACGAGGAAGAGGAGGAGCAGUGCGUCGACACGGAGGACGAGGUCUCGGGCUUCUCCACGGACUCGGACGCGCCCGAGCCGAAUUGUCGGCGAUUUUUGCGGGUGCCUUCUAAGAAAAAGCGGACCCUCGAAAGAUGGGAUGGUUGCGCGGGCUGUGUGCCCAGACGACGAGCCGGUAGCAAACCCUGUCAAGCUUGCUUGACCAUCAGCGCUGCCGUUGAAACUUCUAGGUCGCAGCCUGUUUCGACGACGACCAGUAGCAGUCAAAGUAGCGUGGGAUCCCCGCCGUGUUCACCGCCGAUCGAAUUGAGACACAGACCACCAGCGCCAUUGCCAUCGAUACCGCCAAUUUGGUCCCAGGAAACGCUCUUUUAAGAUGUCUUUCGUCGCGAGCAUGUCCGAUCCGUUUUUACUCAGACACCGAGUUAAAUACGGAGUGUCGACAUCCGAGGAAAUCAUUUGCCUGAGAAAUCGAGCCUCAGCGCUUGGUAAGACUCCCAAACUGCCUCGUUGUGUCUCUAAAAAAUAAUAAUCUCCUUGGAUUUCAUCGAUGUUAAAUGACGUCGCGUAGACUCGCCGCAAGGAUUCAUCCGUUGAAUCGAGCAGCGGACCUCGAUCGUAAUUUGAACGGUCUCAACGAACUUUGUACAGAAUCGUCGUCGAGACAUUGAAACAUCUAAAUUUCGCGGUCACCAAAUUACAAAUGAACCAAAUUGUACCUGCGAACACUGUCAAAUCUGGAUAAAUGACAGAGAUGUCGGAAUUAUUGCGUAAAAGAUGAGAGCUGUCGAGGCUGAUGUAGCCAAGGAGGGAGGAAGGAAACCUACGGGAACGGAAACGCGAAAAGCGGCAGACGUGGGAGAAGCGAGCGACGGGAAGCAUUUUUGCACGGACGCGAAGAAAUAUCGGAGAUUUCCGAUAUUACGACAGUACGCCCGUCCCGGAACCGGAGCAAACUCAUCUUAAAGCAGUCCAGAUCGAAGCGUUUCGCGUCGACUUGGUGAUACACGCUGUGGCGAGUACGGAACUCGGGUCGGAUUACCCAUCGGUUCAAAGGUUCCGAACCGUUCCGGCGUUUCGCGUGAUGAGGCUGGCGGUGACUUAAGUUUAGUUUACCUGAGCCCUCACUCACCGUCAUACACUCUAGACGUCUGCCUAUCCUAGCGAAAUAAAUGCGCGAACAAUGCAGCCGGCCUAGUUUAUCUCGGAUUUCACCUAAUUAUACUUUGGAUCUUAGCUACCAGCAUCCCUAACGCGUGCAGGCUGCGCAGCACUGCGAGAAUUGCUUCUCAUCCGCAAGCCGCGCCACCGCGACCUCAUUUGAUCGAAGAAAAUUGGCCGGCUUCGUUGUUCCCUUCGUCACAGCCGCAUCUGUUAGCGAGUCUCUCCUCGGUGCGACGUCGCUCCUUUCGACAAUGCACGUCGUUUACGACGCACGGCGCACGCUCGAUUAUAUUCGUGAUCCAUUAACAACGAAAGCAAGCAAAUGCACUUCCUCGUUUGGACAUUCGUGGACAACCCAAUUGGCAUCCGCAAGACCCGCGGUAUUUCGCGGCGGGACUGCCGAAUUUGGGACGAGGACGCACGGUGAUCUAUAAUCGCACAAAAGAAAUCCGAGACGGAUACUUGCUCCAAUCGACCAGGGUGAGAAACCGUGAAACUCGCAGCUCGGGAGACAGUCGUCGGGGAAACCGCGACGAGAGGCGGCGGACCCUACGAUGAUGGCGACGACGACGACGACAACGGCGACGACGACGACGACGACGACAAACGACGUCGCGGGGAAAUAGGGAAUUAUUUUUAUACAGGCGUGACGAUAAUCAGGCUCAUCGGGCUGAUCGUGAUGCUUCUCGUGGAAACAAUAAUACGCGCGCAAUACUUGACUAUAUACGAUGUCAGUGUAACAUGUGAUUGUCGACGGGACGAGCGAACGGAGGAGUGAGGAAAAACAAAACGGAGGCCUGGGAGACUCAGGAGCGGAAAGGAGAGGAAACGGCAGCACUCCCAUUUCGGAUAGCCGUUGUACUGGUUUCCUCCGAGGCGAUUUCUCUCCGGCGGGACACCACCGCCGGUUUUCGCCGCCGGUCCAACGUUACCCGCCAGUGCCAGUAAAUAAAACGUAUUUCUAUUCGUGUAAUCUUGUAAGCUCUUGUAAGGUUUUGGGUGUACGUGUACGUGUCUAUAACCCUCUUGCGUACGAUAGAUAAACGCCGUGCUCGAAGGAGGGGAACCGGUAAUAGGGUGAUUACCGUAAACGGCCACGGCGAACUGAAGUUUCCGAAAGUUUCCCCGAGCACCAGCCGUAUCUUCGCAAAACGUUCUAUUUUAUCGGUCGCUCCGAUAAAGUGGCACGCUGUUGUUCGACAAAUCCCCCACUACGGACUGGAACCAACGAUCGAACUCGUCAUUCGGCGCAAAAAGCAGCGACAAUCCGCAAUCAGGCCCGCUCCAUUAACCCUUGAAAAAUAAAAUGCGAAAUUCUCGAGAAUACAAACCGUAUAGAAUCGGUCGAUUCUAAGAGGAGAGACAAAGGCAGCAGCCGAGAGACUCGGCUCUUUGUAUAUCCGUCACCUCAGUGAUAUUAGCUGACGAGAAGCUCGCUGGGUGUAGAAAACCGAAUUUAUCAAAACGUUAGAGCGUCGGUGUAAAGAACAAAAAAAAAAAAAAGAGAGUUAUAUAGUAGGUGAGACAUAUUUAUCGUUGACGGGGGCAAUUUAUAUGCGCCGUCUAUUUUCGGUAAAAAAAUAAAACGUAGUUCAACCAGACGAGCCAUACCUCUCUCUGCAUCUGGAGACUUUUCCGCGUAAGCUAACAUCACUGCCGGCGGGCCCCUCCCCGGCACGUGACGGCAAAUGAGUAAAACACAAAAAAAAGUAUCUGAAAAAAAUACAGUAAAACAUAUACAUACGAGCGAGACGAGCGCGCGAGAGGACUAUCUACCUAUUGUUCUAGUCAGAAGUUUGUAUAGUAGACGAAUAAGAGACGAGCGAGGAGGAAAUUAUUAUAUCGGGGUAAAAAGAUAUAACGUAAUAGGCGCCACUUACAGUGUCGCGACAGUACUUUUAGAUAGGUGUACAUACACAUCGUAUUACGAAGCGUAUUACGUUGAGCGUCGUGUACGACUCGCUUCCCCGAUUGAUAGGGUGGAGGAGGGGGAGGGGGGAGGGGAGGGCGAGACUCUAACGUCGUCUCUACGCGAAGAGGAGACUUUAUAUUACACUGGCUGCGUUCCAAAAUUCGCCACCCCGAUCCGACGCCAGAGGCAUGAAUUCAACAAGCUGCAAGAAAUAAAGAGAAGAGAACGACAGAAGUUAGAAAGAGAAAGAGAGAGAGAGAGAGAGAGAGAGAAAGAGAGAAAGAGAAUGUAGUCGAGCGACUAUAUAUGACUAAGAGACCCGUCGUGUAAUUCCCUCUAGUAAUUUAUACACGGCUAUCCGUUACUCUCGGCCAUUAGGCGAAAACGUCAACUUUUGCGAACCUCAGACAUUACGGAGUUUCGAAGAGAGAGAAACAGCGUGGGGGAGGGAGGCGGAAAAGGGAGAGCGAGAGAUGUCAAAACUUCCAGAGAUACAUGCACGUCUGGGAAAAGUUCUAUGAUAAAUAGAGGGAAAGUCCUUAAUUGGAUAUCGUAUGCCUUAUUGAAUUAUUGUUAUAUACAUGUACCAAAGUCACAUUUUGCUGGGAAAUUACGAUAACGUUGUGAAAAAAGGGAGGUGGUCGGAACGGGGCGGGCGAGGUUUCGGGACGCAGCUGAAAGAUUGAAGCAGAAUUAUUAUUAACGCGGAAGGUGCGCUUACUUUACGCCGACACGCUGACGAAUUCGUUCCGACCGAGUUCUUGCCACUGCUACUCAAAUGCACUCGAGUCCGUGUAGCCGCGUGUCAUCGUUGUGUCUCUCUCUGUCCCGGAUGAGGCGUUGAAGACAAUCGGGAAGAAGUCUAUUCCGAGUUUCUUCUCUCGAGAGAAUCUCUUGGGAAUACCGCGCGGACGUGCAACUAGCAAAUAGAUCACGGGUAACUCUGCACAUUACUCUGUACUUCUCAUUCCACACGUUCUCACAGCGACCGCCGAAGUCGUCGGGCAAGAACGAAGUUCUCAGCGGUGCACGGCGUACAGCAGGUCGCCCCGAAGUCGCGCAAGACAAGGAGCUUGAAAACUCGUGAGUGCUGCCGAAUUGCCAAAUGUAACAAUCAAACAGUGUCUAGUCGAAGUAAAAAAAAAGAAAAACAAAAAGAGAAAAAAAAAAAGAGAGAAAUCUAGGAAGAAUCAGGAAUGAUAUACGACUGAGUGCGUGAGAGUGCGCGACUGUGCGUGCGAUUGUGCGUGCCAAGUAGCUUAGCGCGACUUUAGGCGGGAUGCGAGACUUUUUAGAAACUGUACACAAGUUCGUGUCGAUUGAUUUUAGCGUCUAACGUUCGUACAACUACGUGAAACCUUCUCUCGGUGCCUUUCUGCCGCACUUCUUCCAUCGUCGUUUAGAGAAAUAUACACACACAUUUUCUCUCUCUCCCUCUCUCUCUCUCUCUCUUUCUCUCUUCACCAUCUUCAUCGACUUUUCCCUUUCAUCCCUUCUUCCUUCCUCAUUCUGGCCCUUCUUUACGAGUGUUUCCGCGCGACAUCGUCUGGAUCUUGACCGCGCUGCAGUUGAGAUCGCGUAUUUCCUUCUUCUACUUUUUCUUCUCUUUUCUCCUUCUUCUUCUUCUUGCUCGGUCCAUUCAAUUACAUAUUUCUUCGCUCCGCUUUGACUCGGUUGUUGUCUAAUUGGUUCUGUUUCUGCUGUCCAAUUCAAUGGUUCUUUUCGCAAGAUUACGAUCGCAAGAUCUACGGGAUAAUGAUUAACAGAAGAAGAUUGUAUUGCACAUGUGUUGCGAAUUAUUAUUUCGGCAAACCGCUUCACAACCCUUACCCUAAUUGGGACAAAGUUAUUGCAUUGUUAUUGUUAUCGUAUCGCGUGCAUUGUGCAGAAAUCGUCGUUGAAUUUCUUGUUGCAUUUGAUUCUUAUAUUGUUACAGUGUUUUCUUAAAGCUUGAAAUAUAUCUGGAGGAAAAAAGCAAAAGAAAAAUCAGCAGCCUCGCUACUCACGUAAUUAAUAAGCGACGGUCCUCUCGAAGAAUUCCGUCGCGUUUUAGUACUUAUAUAAUAAGCGACAGUUUACAAUCCAAAACAGCGAUUUGUUUGUUCAAUAAAAGAGAGACGACAGUAUUUUACGCUAUGUUGAAGAUAUUUUCUAAGGUCAGGUAGAAAACAAAACAUGACAAACGAAAAAUCGCAGUGAAGCGGGCGCACGGAACUUCUCUCGCGUUGACAAUUAUAGAAAGACCUUCGUACUUUUAUAAUUUUUCUACUCUUCAACAUUAUAUAGAUAUUUUAAGAGUAAGGAACUCACAAACAGCGCCUAGACUCGCUAAGCAUUUCCGCUAUAGAUGACUCUGUAAUCUCCUCUUAACGUGUAUUAAUCAUCUCGAAACAUCGCAUUCUCCUUCUUAUACAUCGUCUUCUUAUACAUCGUGUUUCUCUUCCUUCUUUCCUUGAACAAGUCUGUGACAAAGUGCAUUUACUGUGCCAAAAGUGGAUAUGUAUGUGUAAGUUUCUUCGAUUAAAAGCUUUCACAAUCUUUGUCAGAUAUAUUUUCAAAAUAAUUACAUUUUUCUCUCUCUUUCUCUAUGAAUUUACUCAAUGAAUUUACUAAUUACACUCUUAGGCGUAUCAAACUGACGGAAACUUUUUAUCAGUAUCUCCCUUUCAUAAUUUUUGCAAAAAGGAAUAUUUUGAACUAGAUGCAAAUAAUGAAACUAGGAGUAUUAAAGCCCAAUACCUAUAAACUUCUUUGGUACCAAAUAGUUUUAAUAUAUAUAUAUAUAUAUAUAUAUAUAUAUAUAUAUACGAUUGACAUAAUUUCAAUAUAAUGAAAAAAAAAGAAACACGGAAAAUAUAAGCUGGCACUUUGUCAAUUCUUUCGAGGUCUUAGUGUAUGAGAUAUUAUAUUCCCUUUUCAUAAUUCACUAUCUCUGUCUUUAUGUAUGUAAUUUGACGACAAUCCGCAUUUCUGAUGCAUUAACUGAAUAAUAGACAUUUUUAUACACA